UUGGCAGAUGAGAGUUGUGGAGUCAUGGCGGAGCUCAGCGUCCCUCAGAAGAUUCACUGGAGUCGCAACGAGACUUUCUGACAGAUUUUCAAACUUUAUAACAAACAAAACAUGAUCGAAACCAAGUUAAAGUGACCGUUUCCGUCGGACAACCGGAAACAGAAAACCGGCAAAGAUGUGAGACUGUGCGAUCCGAAAGAAAAGUCAGUUUAGUGUGUGGAAACUCUUCAAAUAUGGCUUCUUGUUUCUUUCAAUUUCACGCGAAAAACUCUUCAACAAGAGCUUCGGUGUUUCUGCUUCUGUAGCGAUGGAUCCGAAGCACCGAGAGUUGUUAGAGCAGGUCCAGCACAAGUUAUCGGAGUCCGUCACAGAUGUGGAUCGGGUUCUGGAGCUGCUGGUCCGGUCCGGCAGCCUGAGUCCGGCCGAGCGAGUCGAGCUGGAUCAGAACUGCAGCAGCAGCGCAGAGAAGAUCCGUCUGCUCGUCAGGAUGCUGAUGGAGAAGAAGGACCGAGAUCAUUUCCAGGAGUUCUGCUGGGCUCUGGAGAAAACCCAACCGCUUCUGCUCAACUCUGUGCUGCCUGUGGACCACGAGCACAACACGGGGUCCACAUACAGCGUUCUGUCUGCGAUGCCGUCUGACUCUGAGAGCAGCAGUUCCCUCAGCAGUGUUGCAUCCUCACCUCCACCUGCACACCUGGACAAGCAUGUGAUGAGCGAGAAACUAGAGACUGUAAUGUUCCAGCUAAGACAGGUGACCAGAGAGCGAGAUGACUUGCGUAAAAGACUAGCCCUCUCCUCUCCUGGUACCACCUUUGAUGAUUGCAGGCCGAGUGUAAAGCCAGCUCAUGAUUAUGAGCGUCUGAAGCUCCAGUGCAUGAAGGCCAUGUCCGACCUACAGUCUCUUCAGAACCAGCACACCAAAACCCUCCAGAGAUGUGAAGAGGCCGUGAGAGAUGCAGAUUACUACCAUACUCUUCAUGGGCGUGCGGCCGUUGAACAGACUCGGCUACAAGAAGACUUGGAGUCUGUGAAGCUGGACUACUCACAGCUCAUGCAACAGCACUCGCAGCUGCAGCAGACCUGCGACGAGCUGCGCCGUAUCCAUGAUGAUGACCAGAGAGAGGUCACAGACAUGCGUGUGCAGCAGCAACAGGUCAUGCGUGAGAACGGUUCAUCUGACCUUCUAAACAAACUCUAUGACGGGGCUCUCAACAAGUUGGAGGUAAUGAAGCAGGAGAGCGAUGCCCUUAGGAAACGAUACAACGAGAAGACGGCCAAUCACAGCGCAGACCUGAGCCGUCUGGAGCAGAUGGACGAAGAGAACAGACGUCUGCAGAAACAGCUGGACGUUCUUCUGAAACAGAGAGAUUCAGCGCUUCAUUUCCAACAACAGUACAGCAGUUCUGGCAGGAGGUUUGAGAGCCUCCAGCAGGAGCUGAAUAUCGUGUCCGCUCAAAACGACGAGCUGCAGAGGGAAAUGGAGCGUUUGCAGAUGGAGAACACGCGAUAUAAGACCCUGCAGCUGAAGGCCAUGAAGGACGCAGAGAAACUGAAGGAUGAAAGAGACUCUGUAUUGAAUGAGUACCGGAUGAUCAUGAGCGAGAGAGAUCAGGUGAUCAAAGAGGUGGAUAAACUCCAGAGCGGGUUAGAGGUGGCCGAGGCCAAACUCAAGAACACAUCCAGCGAAAGGAGAGUUGCCAGCGAAGAGAUGGAGGCUCUCAGACAGGAACUGAACUCGGCUCUGUUGGAUCGAGACCGAGCGAUCCGUGAGAAGACAGAACUGCUGGAGAAGUACUGUCAUGAGGUUCAGGAUAAGGCAGAGACUCAGAAAGAGUUGAGCCAGGCCUGUAAGGACAUCGAGACGGUGCGAGAGGAGCGAGACGUGGCCCGUAAAGAGAGGACAGAAGCUAUUAUACAGAGAGACCAGCUGCUGAGAGAAUACUACCAGGCCAGACAGAAGCAGGACAGUGCGACGGUGGACAUGGAGCGGGUCAGUAAAGAGCUGGAGGUGUUGAGGAAACAGUGCGAGGCGGUGUCUGAGGAACUACAGGAGGCUGUACAGGAGGCUGAGGUGGCAAAGUGUCGCAGAGAUUGGGCCUUUCAGGAGAGAGACAAGAUUGUCGCAGAGAGAGAGAGUAUACGGACGUUGUGUGAUAAACUGCGUCGAGAGCGUGACCGAGCAGUGAGUGAUCUCGCCGAUGCGCUGCGUAACCUUGAUGACUUGCGAAAACAAAAAAAUGAUGCGGUGCGAGAACUGAAGGAGCUAAAGGAGUGCAUGGAGGAGCAGUUGGAAAAGGAGGCGCGUUUUCGCCAACUGAUGGCCCACAAUUCUCACGAUUCGGCUAUAGAUACAGACUCUCUAGAGUGGGAGACUGAAACCGUGGAGUUUGAGAGAAGUACGGACGACAUGGAUUUGAGUGCUCUAGGGUUUGAUAUUGCGGAGGGGGUGAGCGAUCCGUAUUUACCCGGGGAUUAUGGGAUAUUUGUGAGCAAGGUGGACAAAGGGAGUAUUGCAGAAGGCAGGUUAAGGGUGAAUGAUUGGUUGUUAAAGAUCAACGAUGUGGAUCUGGCCAAUAAGGACAGGAAGCAGGUGAUAAAGGCGGUGUUCAGUAGGGGCGGGGUCAUUAACAUGGUGGUCCGCAGACGGAGGUCUCUAGGAGGAAGAAUGGUUGCUUCUGUGCAUCUUUCACUCGCAGGUCACAAAGACUGUGGCAUUGGGUUGGAGAGUGCCGUGUUCGUCUCAUCUGUUUCUCCGGGCAGUCCUGCAGCCAGGGACGGUUCUGUGUGUCCUGGUGACCGACUUCUCAAUAUCAACGGAAUUUCACUGGAUAAUAAAUCAGUGAGCGAGUGCGAGAAUCUCCUGCACAGCUGUCGAGAUUCAGUUUCUCUUACAGUUCUUAAGGUCUUUCCACAGAGUUUGUCGGGUUUGAGUAUCUCUGACCGUGACUGCGAGAGAAACGCGAACGAGAAAGCUGCGGAUCAUUUGCGGCCUUGCAGGAAACAGCCAAUCAGCAGCCACUCCACCCAUAAGGACAUGUACAGUCCCACCCGGGACGUAGAAAGCGACCGUAGCCAGCAUGGGCCGCCGUAUCGCUCUGACCCAUAUCACGAGAUCUGCUGUCCGCAUCCGAACCCUAAGCGCCCCCUAACCUUGCACCCCAUUUCCCCUGGUGACUGCAUCAAUAUAGAGAUGGGUCAGGACAGGAAAAAGCAAAGUGGAGGCACCUGGCCCAAAAUGAUGGCCGUCGCCAUGACGACUGCGGACCCACCGCUCUCUAUUUUUAGGACACAAAAGAGGAAGUCGAUAUUUGACGCAGAUGUGUUUAAAAGGCCAGAGACGCCAUCCAAGCUGGAUUACCUCAGUGUGUCUCAGAUGCCCAAACAUUCCCCUCAGAGCUCCUGGUCAGAGGGGCCGGCACAGGUACCGCCCGACCCCCCCAAACGCAGCGAUUCUUUCAAAUUCAAACACAAACCACAGGGAAGCUCCGCGUCUGAUUCCACUAUUACCACUGGAUCUCCCCCAGCUACGCCCAUUCAGGCCACACCUUCUCUUGGAGACAAAGCCGGUCCUGAUGUCGAAGGUCGGGACCGCAAUGGCAAUGUUCUCCAGGGCUCUGGCACAGGAGGUUCGUUCACUGAAGAGGUGUCUGAACUCGAGGUGCGAAGAGUGAGACCGAACUCAGCACCCGCCCAGCGCCGCACUCUCACGCCCCUUAAAAUGCCGUUUCCACAGAGCUUUUCUAAUGACGAUCAUUCACCUGAACCUGUGGAUCUGGUACGGUUCUCACCUUUCCGGUCAAAUCGCCAUAGCACUGGUUUCUCACCUGUGCAACCACACUCCGCUCCCAGGACUCUUUCUCCUUACCCUGCUGUCACGGCGGUAAUGAGGAACCCCGUAUACACGGCUUGGAGUCACUGUGUCAAAACCACUAACGCUCCUUCUGUUCCAGCACACGCACACAACCAAGUCAGUCCACAGCAUCAAGGCUGCUGGAGCGUCGAUCUUAACCACAAGCGUUCUGCCGAACUUUUCGACAGCCCUCACGGAGUAAUAAAACACAACACCAACUCCCUGCCGUCCAGCGCCAGACAAGGUUUGUCUCAUGUUCAACGCAUUAAGAUCCCAUCCACCCCUCGGUACACUCGCUCUCAGGGAUCAGACAGAGGUUCUCUGUCUCACUCUGACUGCAGCAGUCCCAGUCUCGUAACCCCGCCCCUUUCUCCUGUAGACGCCACCUCCUUCAGCAGCGGCCAAUCGCAGGGCUCCAUCUCCAAGCCAUUAUUAUAUAGCCCUGUGCAGACGGGUGAUCGGAGGAGGGACAGAGGUGUGUUGCGUAACAGGUGUUACCUGAAGCUUUCUCGAGCUCAGAGGUUGAGGUUUGCGUCUUUACGGACCCUGAGGCCGUACAUAGAGGAGCCACGCUGUGUCACUAUUCCUAAAGGGGCGGAGCCUCUGGGCAUCUCCAUUGUAGGCGGGGAGAAUGGAGGUAUUUUCGUUUCCAAGGUAACGGGAGGCAGCAUCGCUCAGCAGUACAACCUGGAGUUUGGAGAUCAGCUGUUGGAGUUUAAUGGAAUUAAUCUCAGGAACGCCACCGAGCAGCAGGCGAGACUCAUCAUUGGACAGCAGUGCGAUACCAUCACCAUACUGGCACAAUACAACCCACACAUGUACCAGCUGGGCAAUCACUCUCGAUCUGGCUCCAGAAUGGAAUCCUCCAUAAGUUCUCACUCCACACCCGGUACGCCCGACACACACUCCAACAAAGAAACGUUCAGUGAGCACGAUGAGGAAACCAUGACCCCGCCCUCCAAACAGACCACACCCUUAUCCAGCCCUCGGAGGGUCAUCAGAGAUCGAAGUGAAGGCAGGAAACAGGCAGAGCUGAGGAAAGUUGCGGUGAGGAAGACGCGGGUGGAUUUGGGCUUGAAGAUCUGUGGAGGGAAUCUGUCGGGGGUUUUUGUGGAAAGCCUGGAGGAAGACAGUCCUGCUAGAGGAGCCAACGGCCUGCAGCCUGGAGAUCUUCUGCUGGAGUGUAACUCGGUUAGUUUGAAGAAUAAGACUGCUGAGGAGGUCUACCUAGAGAUCCUGAAACCAGCCGAGAGCGUCACCCUCACGGUUCAGAGCCGACCUGAACAGUUCAGGAAAAUCAAAGACACACCUGGAGAUGGUUUUUACAUCAGGGCGUUAUUUGACCACGUUGGAGGGUCAGAUCAAGAGUUAAGCUUUAAGAAAGAUGAUAUUCUCUAUGUGGAUGACACGCUGCCCAGGGGAAAUUUUGGCUAUUGGUUGGCAUGGCAACUGGAUGAGAACGCACAGAAACUGGUACACGGACACGUACCCAGCAAGUGCAUGAUUGAUCAGGACUGUCAGCGUCGGUUCAGUGACAGUAAAGAUGAAAGCAGUUCUGGUAAAACGCUCUCGGCUGCUGCGCGUCGAUCUUUCUUCCGCCGUAAACUGAAACACAAACGCAGCAGCUCUAAAGACGGUCGAGAUGCACCUGCAGCUGACGCCAUCAGCACCGAUUCUGUGUCCUGCAUGGAGGAUUGUGUAAGUCUGGCAUAUCAGCGUGUGCAGAAGGUGGAAUCGACCAAUCGUAGGCCGGUGUUGAUAUUGGGGCCACUUGUUGAGCCAAUCAAAGAGAUGCUGCUCAGAGAGGCUCCUGGGAAAUACUGCCGCUGUUUAUCUGAGGUGAUGAAGGCCACCCAGCAGGCCAUUGAACGAGGUGUCAAAGACUGUCUCUUCAUCGAUUAUAAACGCAGGAGCGGACAUUUUGACGUAACCACGGUGGCAUCCAUUAAAGAAAUUACAGAGAAGGAUUGUCAUUGUCUGCUGGACAUUGGACCUCAUGCCAUCGAGCGCCUGCACAUCGUCAACAUUUACCCAAUCGUCAUUUUUAUACGAUACAAAAAUGCCAAACAGAUCAAGGAGCAGAAGGAUCCUGUGUACCUGAAGGAGAAAGUGUCACAGAAACAUUCCAGAGAGCAGUUUGAGUCGGCACAGAGGAUCGAACAGGACUACAGCAAAUACUUCACAGGUGUGGUUCAAGCCGGCAGUCUCUCCUCUGUAUGUGCUCACAUCAGGACCGCUGUGGACCAGGAACAGAACAAAGUUCUUUGGGUUCCUGAUGGAUCAACGUGAAUAAUCCAGAAAAUACUCAGAUCUGUAAAACAGAAACACAACAUCCAUCAUGCAACAAAUGUUGAAAUCUAAACCUGUUACACUGUCACAAACAAACACUCCGAACUGCUGUGUAUAUCACUACAUACUAUAGGGCUGAGAUGAUCAUAAUAUUCACACUUAACUGCUGAGAUAAAACUCAUUCUUCUCAACAUUUAGUGGCGGUUUACCGGACAGGGUUUAGUUUAAUCCAUGACUAGGCUUUAGGUAUAAUUUUUUU